UGGUCGCGUCUUGUCUUCAAUUAUCAUGCAUAUAUCAUGAUGCUAUAGCAUUGAAUCUCGUAUAUACCUGCACGCUGGAUUGGGAUUACGUCCUACGUUGAUUUGUACCCUCGUCAAUUAUAGCGCCCUGGCUGCACUAGCGGGAGAUUCCAUCAACGUCUACGUUGUCCUGCCAUUGUACAGCCUUUCACGUCAGAUUUGCAUACAAACGACAUACAAACGUACCUGUAUCACAUAAAGUAAAGGUAUCUUGACUUAUAGUCCCUCGACUGUUUUUUGCACCAUCCAGCUGUUUGACCUUGCCUGAGAACAGAAAUGGCGGACAGUAAUUCAACAAUUAUCUCCGAACCCCAGUUUCACCUGGGUGACACAUACGGUGUACUGCUCAUGGGUCUUUUAUUUACUGCCAUAUUGUUCGGUCUCACCAUCAUCCAGUCUUUCAUCUUCUUUCAAACGAAUUGGCGACGUACGUUUUUCGGUUAUAAGCUUAUAGUCUGCUGGCUAGGUUUUCUUGAUGCAUUCCACUUGGGCCUGAUCGCACAUAUACUGUACUACUAUCUGGUGUUGCAUUACGCGGAUCCUUCAGUGCUUCCGGUUAUUGUAUGGAGCAUGAAACUGCAAGUUGUUCUUUGCGUGAGUGAUGAGUAGUCAUGACCAGUUCACCGUGCAUAAAAUCAAAGUUCUUUUAUGGAAACAGAUGUUUGUCGUAUAUACCGUACAUUGCCUAUAUGCACAGCGUAUUUGGUUCUUGAGCCGAGGAAAGGGGAGGAUGUUACCUAUACUUGUGACGAUUAUUGUAGUCCUUAGCACUGGGAUUGCAAUAAGUAUAAGCGUAGCUGUGUACCAGUGUUAUUUCUUUUUAGAUUUGUUAAAGGUCGAGUGGGCGAUAUAUUUAACGUUGAGUAUCAUGGCCUUCAAUGAUAUCGUCAUCGCUAUCUCCAUGUGCCGUCUUUUGGCAGCGCACCGCACGGGAUUUGCAAGCACGGAUAGUACGAUUAAAAUGCUCAUGAUGUACAUUGUACACACAGGGUGUUUGACGAGUUUAUUUUCAGUUUUAACGCUCCUCAUGUAUGCUGUCAUGCCGGAGAACUUCAUCUUUCUAGGCUUUGACUUCCUAUUGGCAAAACUUUACGUUAAUUCUUACCUGGCUCUUUUAAAUGCACAUCGAUACCAAACUAGUGAUGGGGCCUCAAGUUGUCUACCUCGAGGCAAUGCCACGAACGAUAUCAACCCACUCAAGGACUCUCAUACCUUCAGUUUCCCAGGGAAACCCAGGCACUCGAGUUGGAGCCACGAACCACUUUAUGAGAACAUCGCCCAAGCGCAUAGUCGUGCAGAAUCUGUUAGUUUACCACCAUUGAUCCCGAAUCGAGGACCACCUGUAGAUAUCGAUGAAUUUGAUCCCACCACACUGAGCCUGGACACCAUCGCGACGUAAGCUUGCUGGAAACAGAAGUAGUUU